AUGGAUAGGGUUCGCACAGUAUUGCAAAGUAGUCUUAUUGAUUCCAAAGAACUAGUCGGACGCAAAAGCAAAGACCUUGAUAUUAAACCUCAAAAUGAUGUUGUAAAUCAGUCUUUUAUACAAAGAUCGCCCACGAGUUAUCGCGACAUUGCACCGUCGUCGGUAGCUCAACCUCCCAGCAAAUUUACCAGGAAUAAUGAGGAGAGUCGCAUCGAUCCUCUUUAUGUAUCCGUUAAACAAAAUCACGGUAGUAAUUCCCCUCUGCCCCCGGCGCUCUCGCCUGCCAGCAUAUCUCCCGCCCAUUCGUCCGUCUUCAACACAUCUUCACGGCCUUCUCCUGCUCCUCCUGUGAUAAUGGAGGAAGAUGGUCUGAGCAACACAUCCAAUAAUCCGCCUAAUAUUGCAUUCUCAGCCUACCAAAAUGCUCCAAUCUUGGUUCCCAAACCGUACGAACAGCGUAAGUGCUCUUCCAGUGAUUCCUCCUCGAGUUCCACAUCUUCCUCAUCAUCUUCGAACGCUGUAAGCUCGGACUUAUCCCUUGUUGGUAAAGCGGAUCCAGUACAACCUACUCAACGUUCGAAUGGGCUGCCAGUCCUAGAGAAGAUGCCGGUUGCUUUUAUUCUACCUCGUGUAACUUCUCCCACAAAACAGCCUAUGCAAUCUCCUCCCAAGUCAAGUGAACAGGUUGAUUCCAAUGGACAAAAGCAAGUUUCUUCUCCAGUGGCCGUUCCUAAUGAGGCAGUGGAAAUAACAAGCGUGACCAUUGUGAAGAAACCAGCACGAAAGACUCCAGCUAAGAAACGAAAACCUCAAAAGAAAAAAUGGUCGCGAAUUGGCGAUUCCGAUUUCGAAGCUGGAGGGAAACGAUCUCUUAUUGUGAAACGGGCUGAGGAAAGUGUUCGGAAAAAGUCUGCAAUGCGGAAACACGGUGUUCGGGGUACCAGUAUAGGUGUAAACAAAGCCAGUGCUAAUGUCAAUGUGACUGAAAUUAAUAUGCAACGUCGUUACCUCAAAUCCCCUUAUUUUUGCCUUUGUCAAUCUGCAAAAACAAUGGAACCAUCUCAGCCCACAGUUCCAAAUGACGAACAUCAGAUCCACCCUGCACACGUAAUCAAUCCUGCGGUUACCACCAACGAAAAGGUUGAUUGUCCCAUUUUGAGAGCGGCGGCAGCAAAUGCUGUCACGUCUUUUGGUGGUGGUUCCAGUGGAGAACUCAUUGUCGAUAGGCCCUCUCCCUUCUCCCCCGAACUGCAGUCUUUUUUUGCCUCUUCGCACUAUAAGCCCUCGUUGAGACCAGGCGCAAGUGCUCGUGACGCUCGCCUACCAGAAGGCUAUAGCGAAGCCGCCUGUCCCUCCUGGCGCUGCGUAUUUUGCGCUGAAGCACCGUCUUUCCUGCGUUUAGGGCCUCUCUACGGUCCUUACUUCCUUUCUCCCUCCACUCAGAACCGUUUUGCACCUUCACCAUCGCUCCGUCUUAUAAUUAAAGCUAUUUCUCCCCCAGCUGGUGGCAGUAUUUCGGUUAGAAGUGUUCAGCAAUCAUCACCUCCUCCGCAAACGAAGAAGAGGCUGGGAAAGGGAAAGAGAGGGACGGGGUCAACGGCGCCGCUGGAGGGAGUGGCGGCAACAUCUGGAACGGAGUCUCAUCUGGAAUCCAAUCGGAUUGGUCGAGAAGGGGAGGUGUGGUUCCAUCUGGAAUGUGUACUCUGGGCGCCGGGGACGCAUAUUCGAGGGGAUGGGAAAAUCGGAGGAUUGGAUGAGGCCGUUUCCAUGGCUCUGGAGACGGUUAGUUCACCCAUGUUCCUUAAAACUUAUUAG